AUGGCCCCGGUGCCAUCAACCCCGCGGCGGCGACCCCAGAGUCGGCCCAAGGCUCGUCCGAGGGCUGGGGGUUCUGUGACGACCUCCCGUAGCAAGAGACACGCCUCAGGCGCCCCGGCAACUGAGCCACCCCUUAAGAAGAGACGAUACGUUCCUGGCGGCCCCGGCGGUGGCGGACGUUUCAUUGACGAGGAUGGCGUCGAAACACCGGCCGAGCCAUCUGGCUCCGCAUCAAGAGUACGAACAUCGGCCGCCCACGCCUCCCCAAGCGUUUUCCCGAAACGAGAGCGAAGCACAAGGAUACGGACCGCCGUAAAUCGCGACAAACUCGAUGAUAUGCAAUACAGCUCUGCUGCCGCCGUGGUGGCCGCCGUUGUUCAGAGCGAGGGAUACAAGCCCCGAGAGGAGCGUGGCUGGGAAGAGUUUCACCCAAACCUGGAUAUCGAGGGGACAUUUAUGAUCUUCCCAGCCGACGAGGUGGACGGUAUCUUGAGGGAGGCACCUCCAACACCGGCUGUCCAGCAACAACAAAUGGGCGGUCAAGAGAAUGGCGCCACUACUCCUACGAAGAGUACCAACAACAACAUAGCCUCAACGGACGCUCCAAAUGCAACACCCAGUGGGCAGGAUAGGCCUCUACUUGUUGGUUCGGUCACAGAUACGCCUAGCAGACGUAGACCACUGCGGCCAACGAGGGAAUCAUCGUCCCUUUAUGCCAACCGUCCGUUGGACUUUGGAAUCACACCAAAAACACCCAAAGUCCUUCCGAUCCACAACCAGACGCCAAAGGAGCGUCUGGACCUCAAACUACCAUCAUACCGGAAAACCGACCGAAUAGCCCUUUUCGAGAGCAAGACUUUCGGGCAAGCACGAUACGUCGACAAAUCCAUGUCCAACGUGGGCUAUCAGGAGAGCGACAACUUUGUUCGGUCAGAUCGGAAACUCAUCAAGGCCACGGAUGGGAACGUCGAGGAAGAUGUCGAUCCUGUGACCAUAACACAACCAAAUGGCGAAUCGACGCACACUUCGGCGGGUGCUGUGGGCAGGGUCGAAUACGACAUGGAUGAGCAAGAUGAUAUGUGGCUCGAAACACUCAACAGGCGCCGCAAAGACUCGAAUCUCGAUACCAUAACCCGUGAGAUCUUCGAAAUCACAAUCACAAAAAUCGAGAAGGAGUGGCAUGCGCUAGAGAAGAGGAUACCGAAGCCAAAUCCGAAACCACCACAAACUCACAGGCCAAGGUCGAGCUCAGCAGCAGCAGUCAACGGCGAACCGCAGACCGGCGAGGAGCAGGAUUCCAAGUGCGCCAUUUGCGACGAUGGGGAUUGCGAAAACACCAAUGCGAUUGUCUUCUGCGACGGUUGUGAUCUUGCAGUACACCAAGAGUGUUACGGUGUACCCUUUAUCCCAGAGGGCCAGUGGCUAUGCCGAAAAUGCCAGCUUAUUGGGCGUGGUAUUCCAACCUGCAUCUUCUGUCCCAACACCGACGGAGCAUUCAAGCAAACGAACUCAUCAAAAUGGGCACAUCUUCUGUGUGCCAUGUGGAUUCCAGAAGUGUCACUCGGGAAUCACACCUUCAUGGAGCCGGUGAUGGAAGUGGAAAAGGUCCCCAAGAACAGGUGGAAACUCGUGUGCUACAUCUGCAGUCAGAAGAUGGGGGCCUGCAUCCAGUGCUCUAACAAAAACUGUUUCCAGGCUUUCCACGUCACCUGCGCCAGACGAAGUCGGCUAUAUCUCAAAAUGAAGAACAGCCAGGGUGCUCUCGCAGUUUUGGAAGGCGGACUCCCGCUCAAAGCAUAUUGCGACAAACACUGUCCUCAGGACUACGCCAAGGAGAACGAUGUGGUUCAGGCGACAAAAGAUGCCAAGCGCUUCUAUAAACGCGCCAUGAAGGGCCGUAUCUGGGCUGAUAGUCAAGCUUCAGCCCUGCAACUGGCCGCUACCCACCGGCACGCCAUUACCGAACACCCUCCUGACGAAUCACAGAUGACGGGGGCCAAGGUUUCUGCUGUCCUGGGAGAAAACAAGAACGGCCAGCCAGGCAAGCCUAUAUGGAAGCUGCCAUCUGGAGCGCCAAUUAUUCCACAAGCUGUCUACGACCUAGUGGAGAGUGCUCUGGCACGCUUCACCAUCCUCAAGAGGAAGGACUUUAUCGCCGAAGCAUGUCGUUAUUGGACCCUCAAACGCGAAGCUCGCAGGGGUGCUGCUUUGUUGAAGCGCCUUCAGCUUCAGAUGGAGACAUUCUCCUCGAUGGAGUUGACCAGGCGGAACUUCGCAGCUAUGGGACCAUCGGGCCAGACAAGGUUGGCUAGGAGGAUUGAGUUUGCGCGGACAUUGUUGAGAGACCUUGAACACCUCAAGGCUUUGUCGGAAGAGAUUGUGCAGCGCGAGGCCAGCAAGCUUGAUGCCGCCGAGAUGGAACGCGAUUUUGUGGACAGCUGCUAUUUCCCUGUCUAUGAGAUGUUGAUUCCGGUGCUCCAGAAGGCCGUCCAGUCGGAUAGGGACGUCUUCGCGAAGGGCUUGUCCGAACUGCAGGUUAAAAUGGACAAGCGCUACUACACGACAACCUUGCAGUUUACCCACGAUCUCUGCCAAGUCAUCAGUGCUGAGAUUGCCUCUGCAAUUAACCCACAUGCUGGCUUAGACCCAGAUGUCGAACCUUCAUAUGCAUCACCCACUAAGAACGGCGCCAAUGCCGAGGUUAAGAAACGCAAGCAGAUGGGCAAGAGGAUAUUGAAGCAGGUUCAACCAUACCUCGAAGCAGCACUGCAAGCAGAGGCGGAUAUCUGCAGCAAACCCUACGAUGCCCUUCAUCAAGAACUCGAAGGCAUGCUCGAUGCGAGCCUGGAAGUCAGGCAACCCACAAUCACAGUAUCCAGCCAUGACGAUGUCGUGGCUGAAGACGUUGAGAUGGCCGAUGCCCCAGAAGAGGGCGGCCAGAUCAUCGUAGCCGAUCAGAGCGACGGUGAAGCAGAUGGGGAGGGUGAAGAAGACGGGGGCGAUAAAGCGGACGCGAAUACUAAACCCGACGGUGAACCGGAUGACAUGAACGUUGACGCCUCAGAAGAGAAGGCAGAUGUGGGCAGCAUAGAAGUAAACACAUCAGAGGUCGACAAUGCACCAAAAACUAACGGAGCCCUCUCAGCCCACCAGUCAAUCACUGGCGGACAAGAAGAGAAGGAGAACAAGGAAGAUUUCCAACAGCUUCAGCUUCCUGACAUAACCAAAGACUCCGGCACUCCCCCCUCUUUACCCGGCGAAGGUCCCGACCAUGCCACGAAUGUUCCCCAACUAUCGCAUUCUCAACAGUCCGGUCCGCUCACACCACCUCAAUCCAACAAUAGCUUCGGUCGCGACCCCGCCAGCAACAUCCUCACCGAGGGUGGCGCACCAACUUACCUUCACGGCUUCCAGAUCGAGGGUACUUCUGUCAUAGAAGAACAAUGGCCCGGCAGAGAGGCCGUGCGGAGCCUAAGUGAGGAACUUACAGACAUGGAUGAUGACGCCCUAAAGGACCUCGAGUUUGAUGUCGAUGAAGUAUCUGCUGAUACCGUCACGGCGACUCCCGACCUUGCUAUCCCUCUUCUAGCUGCGGAAAUAGCAGUCGAGGCGAGUAUCAGUAAGGAUGCUUCUUCCACUGCUGCUGCUGCUGCUGCUUCCGUCGCUGUUGCGGCUGCUACUGCUGCUACCUUAUCAGCACCGCCAACGACGAGGAACAGGAGCCAGAGGUCAAACCCAGCUAGGGCAAGGAAAGGUGUCAGAACUUCAGCCAGGAGGAGGUGA